UCGCCUAUAGUUCCCGGAACAUAUAUGAUAGGUUGACAGGCGAUCCCCUCCUUUGUGGCGGUGGCUUCCUAUUUCAUGCAUUCUUGGUCGCUAGGAAGUGCGAGCGACGCCAUCCUCUGAGCCUCUCAAGCCAAAACAGAACUGCGCUAUCAUGGAGAUCAUAAAUUCGGCAAGAGGCGCUUCAUUUCGCCGCCGCGGAACUGGACAGCAGGUCGCCCACACCGGACCACUGCAAGCAGUAGAGCAUUUGCGGUUGGAACGCGCAUUCGGCUGUGGCACAUGCAAUGCUGGGCUUGUCACCUGCCAACACCCAUCGCGACCGGGUGUCAUAGCCUACAGCAGCGGUUCUGUCGUUGUGAUUUAUGACAGCAACUGCAAGACGCAAACCACUUUCCUAUGUCCCAAGUCUCGACAUCCUGGGAAGCCGUACGCCUGCCUUGCUUUUUCGAAGGAUGGGGCCUACUUGGCCGCUGGUGAACGAGGAGGUCAGAGUCCCGAGCUACUAGUCUGGGAAGUUAGCUCUGGCCGAUGCCUCCAAGGCCUGCGCGGCCACAAGAAUGGUGUGGGGAGCAUCACGUUCAGCCAGGAUGGCCGUCUGCUGGUCUCCACCGGCGAGGCGUACGAUGGCCAGCUGUGCGUUUGGGAUUGGCAGACCGGAACGCUCCUAGCGAAGCAGCACACGCAAGCGGAGGUGCAGCGCGCAUGCAUCGUAGAGGACGGUACCGGCAUGAUGAUCACCACGAUUGGCAAAGCUGGCAGGAGUGGCCAUUUCAAGGCAUGGCUGCUGUCACUGCCCUCCGGCCGCCAACCAGCCCCGGGUCAGGUAACGCUGAUGCCGCGCCCUGCCAAUCUCAAGGAGUACCGAAACAGCAGCUUCGUAGGAAUCGCCGUUGCCCCGGCAGAGGGCACAGCGCAACAAGGGCAGCCGCUGCUCUACGCACUGACCCAAGAGGGUAUCUUGCUGACGUUGCGGUCAGCCACCCGCACCAUUGACAAGUCUACAAACUUGAACGUCUCCGCCGCCUUUUCCCUGGCGGUUUCGCAAAACCUGGUCGCGUGCGCCUGCGCUGCGGGUGUCGUCCGCCUGUUCGCCACCCGUACGCUGGCGUUCAAGGGCAACCUUCCGCGUCUGAACCCACGUGGCGCGGGGACGCAUCCGGCGGAGGCUCCCGGCGGGAGCCCAGCGCCUGCGGGCAGCUGUGCUUCAGCACAGUCGCCCAUUGUUGCAGGAACGCCCUGCGGUUCGGGUGCUGGGUUUGCCCACCCAGAUGCCACUGGCUGCGCGUUUGACUGCAGCGGCGAGAAGCUGACGGUUGCGUACGCGGACCGCACCCUCAUGAUUUGGGACAUGCGUAACCCCAGCCGGCCCACCCGUUCGCGGAGCGUCCUGAGCCAUUCCGGUGUCAUCUGGAGUGCGGCCCUGAUUCCGGCGUGGCAAGCCCCGCUGUUGAGCCCACCCACCGAGAGCCCCACGUCGCGCGGCAAUGAGGCCGUCAGCGGGCCGUCAUCCAUCCUGUGCACUUGUGGCGCAGAUGGCACCGUGCGGCUCUGGAACGUGUGCCUCGACAACUCAGCCUCAACCGCUGGUCCCAUGGGUGUCCCGGCGGAGCCGUCGGCGGCAGCACGCGUCACUCGCACACUGCGCGCUACGAUCUAUGCCGACCCGCCUGAAGCUGACGAAGACGCUACCGUCUUCAAUAACCACCACCGCCGAUGCGCCCCGGAGGCUCCGCUGCCGGCGCCGGACAGCCGCGCAGGCGUUGGACAGCAGCCCCGUACCGUCACCCUGCGCUGCUUGCGUGUGAGCCCAUGCGGCCGUCACCUUGCCACCGGCGACACCCGAGGCAACCUCCGCGUGUACAACCUGGCGACGCUGGAGCUGCUGCUCUUUCGCGAGGCCCAUGACUUGGAGAUCAUGUCCCUUGACUACUCCCCGCCAUCCCUGGACGGCUCCUGCUACCUGGCGUCUGGCUCACGCGACAUGUUCAUCCACGUGUACGACAUGUCACGGGGAUACGACCUGGUGGGCACAUGCGAUGCGCACACGGCCGCUGUCACGGCGGUGCGCUUCAGCUCAUCUGGCGGUCGCCUGGCACUGCUCAGCUGCUCGGCGGAUAAGAGCGUCGUUUUCAGGCGCGUGCAGCUGGACCCUUGCGGCCUGACGUUCGAGGUGUACAACACGGAGCGCAUUCCCCGGGGUGUGCUUUACGACAUCGCGGUUGACCCCACCGGCGGGCGCGCCGUGGCUGUGGGACAAGGCAACCAGCUGCGCGUCUUCGACGUCGCGACGGGCCGCGGAAUAGGCAGCUUCAGCGGUGACGCAAGCUGUGGCGAGGCCGUGUCUGUCACCAUGGAUCCCACGGGGCACAUGGCUGUGUGCAGCUGCAACGAGGGCGGCGUUGCCGUGUAUGACGUCGACACCGGCGCUCUCUUGGCCCGUGGGUCAGGCCACGGCGACGUUUGCACAGGUGCCGUACUGCUGGACGACUAUCGCGGCCUCGUCAGCGUGGGUGGGGACGGCUGCGCGCUGCUGUGGCGCCUCACGCCCAAGCUUGGUAAGCGCAUGCAGGAUGCGGUGGCUGACUGCCAGCGGCAGUUGGAGGCACAGGCGCGAGCACAGGCGGCCAUGGUGCAGCAGCGGGAGCAGCACAAGACGCCUUGCGCGGUGUCGCGGCGGAAGGCAUGGGGCACGUGCGACGCUGCUGGAGAUGCCGCUGAGGAGAUCAAGUCGGCUGCCGCGGAAGGCAUGGAGCUGCGGAAUUCGCGCGAGGUGCACAUCGACAUGUCGGUGACCGUGCUGCGUGUGCGGCAGGGCAAGGCUCUGCUGUCAGCAGACAAGCUGCCUCGGUGGGCGCGGGUAGAUGAAGAGGAAGAGGCCAGUCAGGGUGGCGACCCCUCGCGGCUCGAGCAAGAGCCUGCUGCAGCGCCCGCUCCCUUGGCCACUGCUUCGCCGCCCAUCCCUGUAAUUGCACAGCUCCCGGCAGGCAAGUGGGCGCAGCGGCCAGCGCCACCCGUAUUCCAGCUGGACCCCACAGCAGCUGAAGAGGUGGCGGCUCAACCAGACGCGCUUGCCGUCCAACCACGGACUUGGGCAGAGGAGGUGGAGGGGGACGACGAGAUCGUCUUCUGCGACCCGUCAGAGGAUGGCCAGACGCCAGGCGAGCCACGUGGCUUUGCCCAAGACGCACAGGACGUGGCACCGGAGGUGGACAUGGAGGCUGGCGGUGCUGCUGCCGGCGACGGCUUUGAUGCAGCCUUGUGCGUGCCGCGGCCUGACGGUGACGGCGACGACGUGAUUAUGGAGACGGGGGAGGACGAGGAGACCUGCUGGGAAGGUUCCCAGCUGGAUGAUCUUCCGCUGCAGGAGGAGACCGCAUCGCUCUGCGCUUCCAACCGCCUGGCAGGAGCUGGGCAGCCUGGGGAGGCGACAGGUGGCGUGAAGGGCGUCCUCAGGCGGGACCUGUUCAGGGAGCAUUUCGACAGCCUUGGCAUCGACCAGGGUUCUGCUACCAAGGCGCUCGCUGCUGACCCCCGUCGCCAGAGCCUUUCGCUAUGGUACCGCCAAGCACGCGCCGGCAGCAUUGCCGGAGGCCCGCUGUCCGCUGUCAUUGCAGCCAGUGCGAGGCCUGCGCUGGGAGGUGGCGCAGGAGCUGCGCCAAUGGCUGCGACAGCCGCUGUCGGUCCCCUGUCGCCCUUCCUUGCAGCCAUGCCACUUCCCGCUUCCAUCAACACCAAGCGGGGUGGUGGUGCUGUUGGAAUGGACGUGGAUGGGGCCGUGACGAGUUCCGCGUGGACACCAGACCGCGGAAUGCUGCCUCUGUUUAGCCCGGCGCAUGUAAAAGCAGACAAGCAAGCUGAGGAGCUGGACCGCAUGAUACAACGCGUCAAGAAUUCCAUCGCCAAGCGCCCUGCCUACGCUGGCGCCCCCGUAGCGCCAAGUCCGCUAGGAGCUGCCCCUACGUCCGGCGCUGCCUUCAUCCAACCCGCCCUCACACCCCGUGCGGCAGCUGCUACCGCGGCGUUGGCUGCGGCAGCCGCUGCGUCUAUGAUGGCGGCAACACCAAGGUCCCGUGCAGGCGUGGCGCCGCCGGCACCAGCUGCCGUUGCAGCUCCUGAUGCAGCGGUCAUGGCGGCCGGGCAACCUGGCCCACAGGCAACCGCCGCUGGCAUCGGCUUCAAGCUCCCGCCUUCGCAUGCCAUCCUCAGCGCAGCGGCAGCACGCCAGAAGGCGGCCGCUGCCGCUGAGGCGGAGGCUGCCGCUGCCGAACCCGCUGUGUACACCGCGGCACCAACGCUGCCAGUCACACCAGGGCUCUCUGACGUGAGCGGCGGCUCGUGCAUGCCCGAGAUGGGCGACGUUUCGGGGUCGAGCACGCCCGUGUCCGGUCAGCACGAAUAUGCGCCGAAUGGUACCACCGGCGAGGAGGCAUUGUCAUCAGCGCUGCUCAUGAGCAGCAACCCCUUGUACGGCGCAAACCCGGCCACGCCUAUGCUGGGGGGUGCGAUGUCUGCUGCCCGUCACAGAGCGGCUACGAUGGAGAACGUAUGCCCUUCGAUAGGCACAGCCGCAACCUCAGCGACAGGUGUCUUGCUGGCAUCUCACCAGGGGGUGUCGGCGUCAUCACAGCCGGCUCCGAGCGCUGAAGACGUGCUCCGCUCCAUUCUGCAGGAGCAGCAGCAGCCCGCUGCUAGCUCUGCCGACGGCACCGGCGUAUGCAUUGUUUCACAACUUACCGCUGCGGGCAAUAAGCUGCAGAAGCAGUUUUUGCAGACGGCGGUGGCCCCCGAUUCGGACGUAUUGAUGGCUGGCGGGCAGGAGCAGCAGCGGCGGCAGCCCAAGGUUCCGCUGCCGGCCGUGAAGCCUAGAGCCAACAGCCCAGCCAAGUCCACGUUUUCUGCCAGCGCGGCAGUAGAAGCUGCGGCGGAGUCGCCCACAAUCGCUUCAUUCACAUCCACGCAUGCCCAAGAACCGCCGGUCCAAGCAGACGAUGGAGCUGUGUCACAGGAGGUGCCGUUGGAAGAUGCGGCAUCCGGGGCUGACGCAGAUCCGUCCGUACGCUUGCUGCAAGCCCUGCGCUUGUUCGUGAACGCCUACACCCAGGUCAACGCCGCACCCGCCACGGCGUCCUGUUCCUCAUCUGCUUCGCUUGCAACCGCCGCACGGUAUCAGGAGGUCGCCGAACGGGCCGUGGCGGAGCUGACGGCAAUGCUUCAGGGGCGGGACGCUCCCGAGGCGCACUUGGGGCUGCCCCGGGCGGGAACGCAGAAGACCGCGGAGCCCGAAGAAAACAGCCCAUUCGGCAAGGCGUCAGGCACUGCAACAACGAAGCAGCAGGCGCUGGAUGACGUGUCGGUGCCGCCCGUAGAGACAUGCAUGUCGCCGCGGAUGGGUGCUGAGGCGCAGCCGCAGCCACGUGGGUUGCGGUCGGGGGCGGGCAGCAGUGUUAUGGAUGCGAGCGCGGCGCUGCUGUCGGGCUCGGUUAGGAGCGGUCUGAGCAGUGGCCAGGUGGUGCAGGUGGACCGGGUCGGGAGCUUGGUGGAGGACUUGCUCCACCAGCGGAUGGAGGAGGAGAUGAAGAAGAUGAAGGAAAAGAUGGAGGAGACGAUGGAGGACAUGAUUAGUCAGCGCAUCAGGGCGAUGAUGAUUUCGUCGCGUUAGUGCGGUGCAGUAGCUAGAAAUGCAUUAUGAAGGCCACCGUGCUGGCUAGGACCAGCUAGGAUUCGGGACCAUGGCAUACACGUCGGACAGGUUGUACUUCUUUCACGUGAGGCCUCUCGAGGCUGGCCCUUGGGUCAGUGCUUCCGCUUUAGACACAUGUGACACGGCAGGACGUGAGUCUGUAGCUAGGUGUGCAUAUUGUACAUAAGCUUAUUAUUACGUGGUUUGUAUGCUAAUGACCCGAACCCUUGCCCAGGUGGUGCCUUUCCUUUCGCGCCAUUUCGUACCAUGAUUUCUCCUGGACGUCCUGGUCGGCCCAUUGUGUUAUGAUCGUUUUUCAUAAAGUGCUAGGCGUCAUCGUUAGCGAAUACGCGAAUAGCGCACUAUGAAGUCAAGCUAUAAGACGGAGCACUUAUGGCAUUGAGCUUGACUUCAUCCUUGUUCGCUAAGCUUACAUUGCACGGAUAGCAGGAUGCACUAUCCAUUUGUGUAAUAUAUCAUUAACAACUGACAAGAAGUCGGAUGGCGCGCAGCGUGCGGCCCGAGGAGGUCUACAUUAGCGUUCUAGUGCACUUCUUCGUGCAUCCUCCUCCACCAGAGCUUUUACGAGUAUCUGAUCGUCGUUCAAUCGCGCGACAACUUGCGGUCUUUCUCCUAAGAGAGCUAAAGGAACCGGACAGCGCCGUAUAUCCGACGCUGCCUCAGCUGUGCACAAAACUCAGGCGACAGCUGGGAGAGCUUGGGAGCUCGCUUGUGGGAUGCCUGGAAGUGACGCUUCGGAACCUCCGCUGCCCACAUGACAUCUUCAAACUGUUCGGCCUGCUUGAGAAGCUGCUGGUCCGAAACAGCGAUGUCCGCGGCAUGCCUCCUCAGGGCAUGGGAACCGUCGGUACGACGUGGCACAUGGGCGUUUCGAAUGGGCCUCCUCUUCUGCUCGGGCCUAGGUCCGGGGAUCCGCACCUCCAUGACAACUUGGCUAAGUCACAGUGCUUCGCCGAACUUGCGCUUUCAUAUAAUGCCCUUUCCCCUGCCUCCGCCUCCCUUUCCUUCCAGCCUCUCCCAUUACUACCCGCUGCACCCCUGCAUACCUUCCCUUCCUUUACCCACUUCAGCUGGCCUGGACCCGCUCUCCCCGCUGGGUCUCUUCAUCCGCCGCGUGCGGGUCGCCUUCCUGGGCCUCUCCUUUGAGGCCGUUGCGCAGCUGCACACAGCCAUUGCGCAAGACGUAACAGCGGCGCUGGCUCCAGGGGGGUGUUUCGCGGCCCUCACCGACCCCAGUGCAGCAGCAGCGGGCGCAGCAGCAGCAGCAGGCAGGGCGGCUCCUCAGGUGGGGGAACCCGGAGGCGGCGGCGGUGGAGCAGGAGGAGGCGCGCUGCGGGAGAGGGCGGCACUGGAGGUGUUCGUGUCGCGACUGCUGCAGCGGAUAGAGCAGCAGGGUCCCAGCAUGCCCCAGUCAGAGCUCGACGCGGCCCUAGCGCCCCUGGAGGGCCCCCCAGGCGGCGCCUCGGGGCCGACUCCCGCCUCAGCUGCUGGGGCGGGCGGCGGUGGAGGUGGAGAGGAGGAGCGUGUUCCACUGGCCCGGCUGGUGCGGCUGCAGGCGGCGCUUCAGCACCGGGACUACACGGCGGGUUUGGACAUGUUGCAUGGCUACUAUGACUGCAUGGCCCCGGGAGGGGCGGCUCGAGCGCGCCACGCCGCCGGACUGCUCAGCCUCAGCGCCCUGCAAGCGGGUCUGGGCCACACGCCGGAAGCCCUUCACGCACUCCACGAGUCCAUGCGCCUCGCCCAGUCCUCCUCCGACCCCGCCGCGCUGCUGCAAUCCCUCGCCAUCCUCUGCCGUCUCAUGUCCUCCACCGCCCCUGGAGCCCCGGGCCUACCGCCCCACGGCCCCGCCGCACUACGGUCCGGCCAGGCUCACCACGUGCAGCUGCUGCGGCUGCUGCGACGCUGCGGGGAACGAGGUCGGGAGCUGGUGCAACCUCAGCUGGUGGCGUUUGCGGACCUAGCGGCGGCGCGGUUCGCGCUGCAACAUGACGUGGAGCCGAGUGACGGGGGGCUGCAUGCGCCGCCGGGGUCGCUGACGGCGACGGCGGCGGGAGGAGGAGGAGGGGGUGCGGGAGGGGAAGGAGGAGGAGGUGUUGCGGAGAUGCGGUCGGCACCGAUGAUGGUUGCCCGGGCGCUUCGAGAUACCCUCGCCCUCGCCACCGCCGCUUCCCUCUCCGCCGCCGCCCCCGCCGCACCUCCACCCCUCGGCCCUGACGGCACACCAUCCCCCGCCAACAGCGCCGCGCGCGCCACCUCCGCCGCCGCCGACCUCUACUCCGCACCCCUCCUCUUUGACCGCUCGCAACCCCGCGGCGCCGUCGCCGCAAUCGCGGAUGCCGUACAGCAAGCCGCCGGCGCCGCACACCUGCUGCAAGCCGCCGCCUGGGCCCUACACGGCCACAGCACGUUGGACCGAGUCCACACCCUCAUGUACUUGACAGCCUAUUCGGAUGCGGAGGUAGGUUCGGGAACCCCCGCGCGGUUCGAGGACCGAGGUACGGCAUGUGCGCAGCUGCUGGCGGCGGCGGCGCGGCGGGGGCCGGCGGCGGCGGCAGCCGCCGCCACCGCAUGCCUUGGACUGCUCAAGGCCUCUGCGGUGCCGCUGGGCGCCGCCGUCGCCGCUACUGCUGGUGCUGCUGGUGCUGCUACCGACCCCUCCUCCCAUGAAAUUACGGAGCCCGGGCAGCAACAGGCGACUCCUCAUUCUGCUACGGUUCCCGCUGCUUCUGGUGCAGCAGCGGGAACCGUAGCCACCGUAGGCAACAACAGCACCAACAUCAGCACCAGCAGCUACGUUGACGUUGUGGACUGCGGCCACUUGGCUCUGUGGGGCGGCCCAGCGCUUGCGGCUGCAUGGUUGUGUGCGGCACACGACCGGGCGCUAGCGGUGGGGGACCUGGCGGGGGCUGCGGCGGCGGUGGGGCAGCUGGCGGCACUGGCAGACCCGCAGCCGCACCGGGAUCUGGAGCUCAG